AUGCCACCCAAACUUAAACCGCUUCCACACAAGCCUAAUAUUUUACCACCACCUAUGAGUAAUGAUGAUGAUAUUAGAUUAGGCAAUAUUCGUGUGGAUCAAAACGGUGUGGUGUUCACCGGUGGAGGGGAUUUACACGUUCUUCGGCAGGAUCUCUCACUGGACUCACUGAAAGAAGUUCAGUGUCUUGGGAAGGGCACGCAGGGAAAUGUAAGUAAGUAUAUCAACACAAAGGAUAAUGCGGUGUAUGCGGUGAAGCGGCUUUAUAUUCCAAGUACAUCCGAUAGGACAAAUAAACAAACCGUGGCAGGGGAGUUGCGUAAUAUUAUUUGUAAAGAGGCAAAUGCAUAUACAGUGGAAUUAUAUAAUGCCUUCUAUCGUGAGGGAACACUUUGGCUUGUUAUGGAAUAUAUGGAUUGGGGAAAUUUAGAAGAACUUAUUAAUAUAUCUCCCGUUAUUCCAGAAGCUGCAAGUGCCUAUAUUGCCUCACAGAUUUUACAUGCUUUGAAAAUUUUACACACCAAAUCUAAUCAUCAUACAGAAGGUGAUCAAAAAAGUAGACGUCAAAUUCAUCGUGAUAUUAAACCAGCAAAUGUGAUGCUUUCUUUUGAUGGAACUGUAAAGUUAACAGAUUUUGGAAUUGCCACUAGUGCAGAAACUAUUGGUGUAAAUUCUUUUAUAGGGACUGCUACUUAUAUGAGUCCAGAGCGUAUUCAAGGACGAACGUAUAGUACUCCAAGCGAUAUAUGGAGUGUAGGGGUUUUAAUUGCCCAACUACUACUGGGACGAUUUCCCUUUCCUUCGGCUGAAAAGGGAUUUAUGGCACUUCUGCGAGAAGUGACGGAGUGUGAGUCACUCCCAAUAAUGUCGGAGUCCUCCUGUUCGCAGGCGGCGGAGGAUUUUAUUAAUCAUUGUCUUCGUCAGAAACCAGAGGAGCGCAGUACGGCGGCGGAGUUGUUGGAGCAUGAGUGGAUUGUUCAUAAUGCUUCAAAGGGAAAGGCGAUUCUGACGGAAUUACUGAAUGAGUUGGGAGAACGUCUCCCUCCUAAUUCUCCAAGUCCGUGUAGAUAA